AUGUCCCCAACUCCCGAAUACACAAGGUUACACAUAACCCCACUCAACCCCAACCUCCUCACUACCAUAAUACCUCCGUCAAUCCUCCCCAAUGCAAAGAACAUCUCCUACCAUACUCUCGAAACUUUCCAGGAUAAAGCUUACGGCUUCGUUGACCUUCCUACCAUGGACGCUGAGAAAUUAAAAAAGAAGCUUCAUGGUUCCAUAUUAAAAGGUUCAAAAAUCCGUAUCGAAACUGCCAGGCCAGCGAAAGAUCUAAGCCCAGUAAACGAGCCAGAAGAAGCGCCCAAACGACAAAGAGAAAGGAAAGAUCCAAGCAAAAAGCGCAAACGUGGAGAGGAGACUAUACCUGCUGCAGUAAUUGGAGAUAGGAAAGUUAAAAGGGGUUGGACUACAACAGCUGCGGAUAUCAGCAAAACCAAAAAGCAAUCAAAGGAACUGAAGAAUGUUGUCAAGUCGAAAUAUACUACAAAUGAGGAGUGCUUGUUCAAGACAGUAUUACCGCCAAAUGUUGCGGCACAUACAAAGGCUACGAGUGGUGAGAAAUCGAGUAGGAGGAGUAAGAAAGGUAGAGGUGUUAUUGUACACGAGUUUGCCAAAAGUACGAAAUAUGCUACCUUCUUAAGAAGUACCACCGGAGGUACAAAGGUGAAAACUGCAGUGGAGUUUGUGGAUGGUAAGGGAUGGGUAGACGAGGAUGGUAAUGUAGUGGAGGAAGUAGUGAGAAAGGUGCGGAAGAAUCAGGAACCACAAAAGGAGAAGCCCAUUCAGGAAGAAGAAAUGGAAAACCAGGGUAGUGGUAGUGAUGGUGGUAGUGCUUCGGAUCAAGACAAAUCUUCAGAAGAUGAAUCUAAUUUCGAGGAGCGAGUAAUGAAGAAAGUGAAACGGGCAGCAGAAGUCGAAAGUAGCAGCUCAUCAGACUCGGAGAGUUCCGCCGAUGAAGAUGAGUAUAUCAAACCACAAUCAAUAUCUAAAGACUCCGAGAAAGCGACAGCAACCGAUGCUAUCGAGCCUCCAAUUGAGGCGGAGAGUUCUUCAGAUAGUGAAAGCUCGUCAGAGGAAAAAGAUGCGCAUGUCAAUUCGGCCAAGCCAAAAGUCUCUAAAGCUAGAGCUGAAGUUGAAGCUGAAUCGAAGGAUGAUGGAUCAUCAUCAGGCUCGGACACAUCCUCAGAUUCUGAGUCAUCGGAUUCCUCUGACGACGGCUCGGAAGACGAAGAUUUACCGUCUAUUGCAGCCUCUCCCCGGAGCCCCUCCGCGUCCAAACCAUCAACCAUGCCACCACCCAUCUCAACCAUGACUCCGGAAACCAAAUCAGUCAGACCUCAGUCAUCCUCUGGCUUGAGUAUCAAGAUACCCUCCCCUAUACCUCAUUCAACCCUUAUUCCCACAGAGGUCCAUCCUCUCGAAGCUCUUUACAAACGCCCCAAACCUAAUUCUGACUCUAUCUCUAAUGAGCCCAAACCCGAAACAAAAUCAAACUCCUUUAGUUUCUUUGGUGCUGACGACGAAGAUUCCGAUAUUGGCGAGGAACCCAAUCAAAUUCCUUUGACGCCUUUUAGUCAACGUGAUUUCGAUUAUCGAGGCAUACGAAGCGCAGCACCGACUCCUGACACCGCUUACGUCAAUAAGAGAUUUGUGUGGCCAGGUGGAAACGAGGAUGAUGUCGGUGAUGACGGUAAUUCUCCAACCCCGAAAGAGUCGGUAGGUGGAAAACUCAUAUUUAAGGAAAAGGAAUCAGAAGAGGCGCCUGAAAAUGAUUUUCAGAAAUGGUUUUAUGAGCACAGAGGGGAGAAUACGAGAGGGUGGAAGAAGCGAAGAAAGACUGUUGCUAAAGAGCAAAGGCACAGAGAGAACAAAAAGAGGAGUCGUGUUUAA